GGUUUGGCGACUUCACGCAUGCGCGUAGUUGACCAGCGCUGAUGCAAGAAAUAUCUUGGCGCAGACGUGUGGUAGUGAUCGUAGAAGAAGAACCGUUGACUGAAUUUUCUUCUAUUUCAAGCCGCAAACAUGUCAGGAGACGAGAUGAUUUUCGAUCCCAACAUGACUAAGAAGAAGAAAAAGAAGAAGAAGCCCUUCAUGCUGGAUGAGGAAGGAGGUGAGGGGGUAGGAGGAGAAGAAGCAAAAGAGGUGGAAGCCAAGGAGGCAGAGCCAGAGAUUGGAGAAGACAAGGAGGUGGAUUUCGAUGAAGAUGAAGGAAGAAAAAAGGAACUGUCCGAUGAUUUGAAUGAUCUCAACUUCUUCAACCAAAAGAAAAAGAAGAAGAAGAAACCAAAAGUUUUUGGGAAUGAUGUAGAAGAAGGAUUAAAGGAACUGAAAAUCGAGGGAGAGCCCACCGAGGAGCUCGAGGAGGACAGCCUAGAUUUGAAGCUCCCUAAGAAGAAGAAGUCAAAGAAAGUCGACUUUGACGAGGGAGAGUCCUUGGAAAAAGAUGAUGCUCAGGAGGAUGAUGAGGGUAAGAACAACGAUGGGAUUUCGUUCAUUUCCCCUACUGGACCAGCGUGGGCGGGCACUGAAAGAGACUACACGUAUGAUGAGCUCCUAAACAGAGUUUUCAACAUCAUGAGGGAAAAAAAUCCAGACAUGGUGGCUGGAGAGAAGAGGAAAUUUGUAAUGAAGCCCCCUCAGGUGGUCCGAGUGGGAACCAAGAAAACGUCCUUUGUCAACUUCACAGAUAUCUGCAAACUGUUGCAUCGUCAGCCUAAACAUCUUCUCGCUUUUCUGCUGGCUGAGCUGGGAACCAGCGGCUCUAUAGAUGGAAAUAACCAACUUGUGAUCAAAGGCAGAUUUCAACAGAAACAGAUAGAAAACGUGUUGAGAAGAUAUAUCAAGGAAUACGUGACGUGUCACACCUGCCGCUCCCCAGAGACCAUCCUGCAGAAGGACACUCGUCUUUACUUUCUGCAGUGUGAGACGUGCCACUCCCGCUGCUCUGUCGCUAGCAUCAAGACUGGCUUCCAGGCUGUGACGGGCAAGAGAGCGCAGCUCCGCGCCAAAGCCAACUAAAGGCCAAGAAACCUGGCCCUCGCCCCAUCCCUCUCCCUAUGACCUCCUUUUCCCAGAAGCUGGGGUCCAAACGGCCUUGAUGAUUUGCAUAAAGAACUCUCUGAAUCGAACUGUGGGAGUUUGGCUGUUUAGUUUUCAUUGCCUGUACAGGUAGGAGGGGAGGGAGAGAUUAUACAAAAGCAACAGAUAGGUUCAGGUGCUGUAAAGCAGGUGAUGUUCACCAGAAAACACCACUGGAUUGAGUGCAUUUGUUUCGUUUACCCUAUGAACCCUUUGCCACUUAGAACUUUUUCCAUUUGCUGUGCUUUCUGGAUUUAAGAAAAGCUUGAUUGACCACAGCUUGAAUUCUUUUUUUCUUCUCCCACUUCACACACAGAGAUGAAGACAAUAGAUUAACACCACAGCCGGUCAAGUUGUGUUAAACUUGGCUGAUCCACCUCCAGAGUGUUGCCUCUUCUGAUGUCCAUCUAUAUUCUUCACUGGGGCUAAACUAAAUGCUAUAGCAGUUUUAAUUUUGGCCCAAAUCACAAAACUAUUUAGGUUUCUAUGCAGCUUACUGAUAAAGAUCUUAUUGACAGGGCUGUUAUUAAUGUUUUAAGCCAAAUUAGUGACGAAGAAGUCUGACCACAUUGAUUUAUAGUAAAAUAUAAAUAUUUGAAAACUUUUGGACAAACAGAAGCUAGGGUGAAUAUGACUGCUCUGUUGAAGGAGGAAUCUAUACAGUCAGAGUACUUUUGUUGUGUUGAGGAUUUCUAAAGAUUAAAUCAAUAUGUUUUUAUUAGUUUGAUUUGAACAAUUUAAAAUUAAAAUUGUCAAAAGCUGGUUUAAUUUGGUUUAUAACAACAACAAAAAAAAAAAAAAACUUCCUGGUUUAAUUCUUGCUGGUUGGUAUUUACUGAAAAGGUAACGAGAUUUACUCUAUAAUCUACCCAGAACAUGGAGUCGGUUCAUGUGCAGCAGGCCACAUGUCGGUUCUGCUUUUGUAGGAGCCUGUUGUGGGUUUGGUCGGACCAGUUAUUUUAAAACCGGGUUUUUACGUAAAUAAAAUGUUUUCUCUCUCUCUCCAUUA